AUGAGCGUCCGAUUAUACUCAAGAAGAUCAAUUACAUCGUUAAGCAGCGUUCUCAAUGUGCUUAAAUCGCGACCAACUCCCGACCAAUUGACGUACGCGUCUAGAAGCUUUCUCGAUGCCUAUACGAGUAAUGAUGUUGAUGGAAAAACGAAACUAUUGUUAGAGCUGGGACAAAAUGCUGGAGUAAACCAUGCGGAUCUGGAGGGAUCCAUUUCAAGAUAUUCAAAGAACAAUGCCCUCUUCAUGGACGUGCGAUCUGCGGCAACUCCCGGCUUCUACACACUUUUUCAAUCGAUUGGAAACGUAAAUGGAGGUGUGAAACAUAUUUGCGAUCUGCGAGAAUUUUUAUUGGAUCAAAUAAGGAUAAAAUCAACGGAGAAAUCGGAUUUGAUUGUGUUAAGACGACUUGAGGAAACGUGUCGAGAACUGCUGACAUCGUGGUUUUGCCUAUCGAAUUUGAAACUCUGUCGCCUUACUUGGGAAUCGCCUGGGGACAUUAUACAAAAGGUGGCGAAUUAUGAAGCAGUACACCGAGUGCAUGGGCUUGUUGAUAUAAGACGACGACUUGGACCACAUAGAAGAUGUUUCUAUUUCCUUCACGAAGCCUUACCAAGAGAGCCGCUGGUAAUCGUUCACGUUGCUCUUACCGAUCAAAUUGCAUCAAAUGUACAAAAGAUCACAAAAGACGAGGACCUGAACUACCCGGAGGCUAAUGAUAAUACGGCAAUUUAUUACUCGAUCACUUCGACGCAAAAAGGCUUGUCCGGUGUUGAUCUUGGGAAUCUUCUGAUAAAAAGCGUGGCUGCUCAAAUUUCAAAAGAGGAACAGCAAAUCAGCACUCAUUCGACGCUUUCACCGAUUCCCGGUUUUCGUUCAUGGCUUCUGCGAGCUUUAAAAGAACCGCAGAAUUUUGGAAAUGUUAUCAGCGACUUUUGCCUUGAACACCUUACUUCAAUCACCAAGCAGAAAGUUGACCCAGCGCAGGCUAGAACACUUUUGUUGAACUUGUUGUGCAAUGAACGCAUUGAAUUGGAGAAGAUUGAAAUAGUGAAGCCGAUACUACAGCGAUUAUGUGCUCAAUAUUUAUGCGUUGAAAAGCGGAAUGGCUACGCGUUAAAUCCAGUCGCGAACUUUCACUUACGAAAUGGUGCUGAAGUCUUUCGAGUGAAUUGGCGAGGCGAUACGAGUGUCCGUGGUCUUUAUAACAGUUUCGGUAUUAUGGUUAAUUACAGAUAUGUACUGGAAAACGUGAAUACGAAUUCGUCAAAUUAUGUGAAUAAAAAAGUUGUCGCUAUUGAUUCGCAAGUUAAAGAUUUAUUAUUUGUUCCAAUGGAUUUUGCUGGACAAAAUGUGUGGAGUGACUACACAUGCGAUCAGGGCAAUUGGGACAACUUCUCUUCCAAUGAUUUUUCCUUUACAAAUGAGUCCCGAGCACCAAAACCGGCGAAGGUCGCUCAGCCGAAGGUCGCUCAGCCGAAGGCAUCACCAGCUGUCGGCGCUGAUGGAUUGACAAAAGCGGAAAGAAGACAGAAAAAUCGUGAAGCAGCGGAAGCGGCUCGGGCAGCAAAAGUUGAGCGCAAAAUGGCUAACAUCAGGAGACAAGAGGAAACGAAAAAACUACAGACUGAGAAAAAGAAUCAACGGGCUCAAAAGGAGAGCACCAAUCGACCAAUACAACAGCUUAAUAAACGAGAAACGCGAAAGAGGAAAUUCCAAGGGGAACUACAGAGCCAAAUUCAACGAAAACGAAGCCGGAUGUCCGACAUUGCUGCUCAGUUCAAGAAAUCGCGUGAAGAUUAUGCGACAAAUGUCUCUCCUACCGUUAAAGCUUUGAUUGAUGAUUACUGCAAAGGACUACAAGAAACACCCGGUUGCUUCGCGCUUUUGGAUAAAGAAAUAGUCGGUGAAGCCCCUAUCAUUCCAUUCACAAAUUUGGAAUGGGCAACUGGGGUGAGUAAGAAAAAGGCGUCGAUUUUGAUGGAUGCAUUGGAUUUGACUUUCACUCCUGGAUCGCUUCAAUGCAAGGUGCCUAUUUUCCCAUCGCUCGAUGAUGUAAUAAAAAAUCGCAAGAUAGGAGCACCCGCAAAGAAGCUUGAAGAUGAGAUACCAACAGUUGAAGCCCAAGCACGCUCUUUUGCAACGAGCGAUCUGGAUACUUUGCAGGGGUAUCGAUUUGGUGCUGCGUUGAUCCGAAAAACAAUGGGAGUUCCGAAAGAAAAACGGGAAGAAUUGUGGAAACAACUCCUCAAAACUAUUGCCGAUGCAAGUAAUGAA